AUGCUGCUCGCAGUCCUGCUGGCCCCAGCCCUUCAGCCCGACGCCUUCGCCGCGCCACUCGACUACACCGAGGCCGACGUGCGCGACGUGAGGGGCAUUUAUGACGACAGUUUAGAUGGCGGUCGAGGUCUGGCUGAGUCAGCCACGCCGCCAUUCAGCAGCGAGUUGGCCAUCAAGGUGGCCGGGCCGAAGAAGCAGCUGCUGCUCUCCUUCACGAAUCGGAUUCGUGUCGACUUCGCCUUCACCUGGGUCGCCCACAUACGCGCGCUCGGCCUGACCAACUUCCUCGUCGGCGCCACCGAUGACGUGGCGGUGGAGGAACUCACAACGGGCAAGGUGCCGUGCUUCAGCAUGAAGACCAACCUGCCCCAAGGGGAGUGGCCGUGGGGCUCCUCCUCGUUCAAGGCACUCGGCCCGCACAAGAUUGAGCUCAUCUACAAGUCGAUUCAGUGGGGCCUCGAGGUGGUGAUCACCGACAUUGACGCGCUGGCCGACGAUGGCCUCGAGGACCACCGGGGCAUCCACUCGGCUUUCAACAUUGGGUACAUGUUCUUCCGCCCGUCGGCGAUCCCGCUUGUCGAGGAGUGGCGGCGCUACAUCAAUGAGGACCCCCGCAACCGGUGGGACCAGGAACCACUCUAUUCGUACUCCCACCACCGUACCACCCUGAUAUCGUGCCGCCCUACCGCUAACACCGGCGAGUUCAACCGGAUCGCCCGCAGCAAGUGGAAGCCGGGCCGGACGGACGGGCUGUCAGACAAGCGGCUGUUCUGGGCCUACCAAGAGAAACUUGCACAGCGCAUGGGGGUGCCCCCCUACUCCAUUCACACCACCUUUCAGUACUCGGCGGCGGCGGGCAAGCGGCACCGGCUGCGGGAGGCGAUGGUCUGGAUCGACGAGCCCUCCUAUUACGACCCUCCUGGCGGACUCCUCGUCUACGCGCCGGAUGUCCCGAAGGCACUCGUGCACAUCGAGCUCAUCAGGCACCAGCUGCGCCAGAUCCGCUCCGCGCUAGCGCUCGCCCAGGCGUUUGGCGCGCUCGGCCGCAAGCUUAUCCUGCCAGAAGUGACCUGCGGGUACGACAAAGCCUGGUUCCAGCUCUCGGGCGGGGCGGCUCGCGGCGCCUUCGCCGGCGCGCACGCUUUCAUCCUCCCGAUCCGAAAGUGCCCGCUCGACCACUUCCUGGAGCUGCACCCGCUGCACCCGCUGGAGACACUCCGCGAGUUUUCGCUCCUCUCGAACCCUCGCACGCCCGCCGCCGUCAAGGGGGGCGUGGUGACGGCGGAGAUCGACGCGGGGGGCGGCACCGGCGCCGUCGAGAAGCUGGCCGUCCACAAAACCGCGAGGGUGCUCAACGUGAGCAAUCUUGCGUCUGUCGACACCCUCCCCCUCCUCACCACCGCGCAGCUUUCGGGCUUCAAGCAGAAGUUCAAAUUUGCGGGCGGCGGCUGGUGCUGCGCGCCGGCAGCCGACAAGCAGGCGGGCAUGCCCAACAAUGCGCAUUUCUCGCUCCUCCGGUCCUGAAGGCAGUCUGCUCUCACUGGCCCUUCCACACCAUCGACACACACCGAGCUCGUCCCCGAAUUUAACGUCUUUUAUAGCUCGCCGCAGCAGAUUAAACCCUAAACGGC